AUGGAGAAUCCAAUUGUGAUUGUGCUUGAGAAGAUGGGCUGGGACGGAACCAGUAUCCCCGUGGCCAAUGAAGAGAAUCGUCAACUAAUGGAGGCAAUCAACGAGAUGAUGCGUGAGAAGGAAGUUAAAGCAAUACGCGUGCAGGAUGAGGAUGUUCGCCUGAAGAGCCUCCAAAAUCAUUUUCACAGCUCCGAGCAGGAAAUUGUUGAGAAUUUAAAACUCCUCAAUGGCCAGAGGAUCCAUCUUGACAAUGAGAAUCACAGACUGAAGUUGAAUGAGAAUGAGAAUAGUCACCUCCAGGGAGACUUAAAAACCUUCUACAGGGAUCUGGGUGAAGUAAAUGAACGCCAGGAAGUCACCCAGAAGGACAUUGCACGAAUGAAGCGAAGCAUUGAACAUUUUGACGGACAAAUCUCGUGGAUUAAGGCAGCUCUCCGGGAAUGGAAUGAAGUCACAGCACGAGGAGAGGCAACAAAUAAGCUAAUAGAGCGCUACUGCAAACAAGAUGCAUCCCGUGGGAAUACCCUGGAGGCCAAAAGGCAGCUCCUUCAGCGAAGUAUCGUGAAGCAACGAGAACGUCUCGUUCAGUGUGAGGAACAACAGAAAUCCCUGGAAAAUAUUCUCGAGAGAACAGCUCAGCUCUAUCAGCAGGGUAAUGCCGAGAGAAGGACGCUCAUUUGCACGUGGAAGGAAGCAUGCUUGCAGAUGAGUCAGAGGGAGAGGGAGAUUGAGGAAGCAGAGCGAGAUUUGCUCUAUGCCCGAGAAAUGACACGAAAAAAGGAAAAGCGCUCAGAGGAUCUGUCCAAUCUCCUCAGCAGUCACGGAGCGAAAGGCUAUGAGAUUGAGCAGGAAAUUGCUGAGCUCAAUGCCAAGAUAUCCGACGACAGGAGCCGCCUGACCAACCUCACAGACGCCCUAGCGCUGAAAGUGAGUGAAAUGGAAAGCCUCCGGAAGACCCUGACAUCAGUUGGGCAGGAAUUGCAGAGGCAGCGUCAGAAGAAUCGACAGUGGUUGAAUGAGAAAAACUCCAAGGAGAAUCUCCUGAUUGAAUGGCAAAACAUCUAUGAGGAUCUCUCGAAGCGUCAUGAAGCAUUCCGGAAUAAGAAAUACAACGCUGAUGAUAGAUUGAAGCAACUGGAGGAACUCAUUGAGGUGGAGGAGAGAAACAUAAAGAUCCUCACGGGAGAAACGAAUAAACUCACUUCGGCCAUCUUCAAAGCCCAUCAGCAUCUCAGUGAGCUCCAGAAUGAGGAGAAAUUGCGCGAUAUGGAGAUUCAGGGACUCGAGAGUACCAUAAAACGGAUGCGCGCUUUUGCCGGGAAGCAAUCCACAGAGAUUGGCCGUCAAACAGUCAUCCUGUACCACCUGGACUUUGAGAUUCAGCAAACUCUCUCACGUAUUGACAACAUAAGUGGAAGAAGUGUCGAACUGGACACGGAUUGUGUGGAGAAGCUGGAGGAACAUGAAAAAAUCCUGGCAAGGAAGCGCAAAACCCUUCUCAUGCUACAAUCACAGAUCAAUAGCAUCGAGGAGAGUCGCAAGAGACUGGAUUAUGUCUUCAAUUGUGACGCCCAGGAGUUGGAAAGGCUCACAAAUCGCCUGAAAGAGAUGCAGCUGCGAUGCGAGAGUGGUGAGAAGAAAGUCCGCCAGCAGACAGUUGCAAAUCAGGAGAAACUCGUAGAGCAGAGCAUACUGAAGAUGAAAACCCAGCAAUUUGAGCGUCAGCUUGAGAAUCAAUCUGAGAGGAAAUUUAAUUUCGAGAAGCAUCGCCUGGAGUUGGAAAUGGCCAUUGAUCAGCGCUUCCUGGACAUUGAGGCACACCGAAAAGUCCUUUGGGCAAAGCGAAAGCACCUCGGGGAUGAACGACAGCACCUCAGGGCUGAAGUUGGGGAUAGAAGCGUGAAGAUUGAGAGCUUGAAGAAGAGAUAUGAACUCAUUGAGGACGUUCUCAGGCGCAAUGAAGAUGGAAGUGCCAUGAGUCCCAUUCAAAUUCGCAUCAGGGCUGCCCAGGAGAAGCAAAUCCUCCUCAAGGAGGGCAAUGAGCUCAAUACUAAAGUCCUCAAAGCUGAGGCAGACAUCAAGGCAAUGGAAAAUACAGUGCGGCUCGUGAAUCUGGCCAAUGAGAACUACAAAAGGAACUUUGUCACCGUUGAGGAAGACAGUCCUUUUGUGCAGGAGCUGGAAAAUCUCCAAGCAACAUACUUCCAAGCUGUGCGGAAGCUUAAGAAUCUCCGAGGGAAUUUGGCAUUUAAAGCUGACCAGCUAACAACACUCACAGAGCAGAAGGAGCACCUGGAGCGAGAAAUGGAGGAAGUCGGGCGUACGAAAGGGGACAGAAAUGAUGUACUCAUGAAGAUUCACAAGGAACUCAUGGAGCAGAAAGUUAAGCUUCACCGGGCAGAGAGGGAGAUGAAGCAGGCCUACAAAGCAGCCAAGCUGAAGAUUAAUGACUCAGACUUCCUGGCUAUUCAAGAGAGGGACUUCACAGCUAGAGAACUGGAGGAGCAGAAUUCUUCAGCUCUCCAGCAACUGGCUGACAUUGUGGAGGCAAAUCCAGGAUUAGGUCCAGCUGUUUCAAAAUAUCUCCUGGACAAGGGCCUCUCAAUGCCCACAAGUCGCGCUAAAAGUCAAACAUCGUGGAAGAGUGAUCGUUCGGAUAAUAUUGACUACCGCAGCUCACCGCAUGUAACAAAACCAACUUCCAUUGGCUCUCCGGGAUCAUCCAUCUCCGGCAAAAGUGGCACAGGAGGGCCAGCAAUUGUCAUGAUUGAUUUCCCGGAAAAACCGAGUGCUUCCGCAAAGACUGUCUCAAGGAAAUCUUCCUCAAAAUGUUCAGCCCAGUCGAGGACACAGAAUUAAAGGAAAAAGACUUCUUUUUAUGGGAUAAUCUAAAUUUCUAUUAAAUCAGAAA